CAAAUUCUCAUUAAUGUCAAAUUAUUUUGGAACUUUUCUCAAACCAUACGUGUAAAAUUUUGGCUCUUUUUCGUUUUUCUUCAAAAAUAGUCUCAACGUUAUUAGCUUUCGUGAUAGACAUAUAAAUAUAAUUAACAAAAAUUUCCGAGUUGAAGUGAAGUGGAUGAGAGAGAUGGAUCCACAUGGUGUACCACAGAAGAUUAAUCGGCAUGUAUUCAAGGCCGUCAACUUCUUCAUGAACCAUCACAAUGGUUCUAGUUUUCCCGAAAUUUAUCAAUUUGUCAAGUUAUGUAAUAAAAAUUUAAUGCCAGUAGCGAACUUAAAGGACACUGUACGAAAGUCAUUGAAUAAUUUUCAACGUGUCGGUCUUGUACAAAAAGAUCGAACGCAACGGUUCAAAUUGAGACCCCGAUGCCAUGGGGAAGGAUUCUGUCAUGGAAUUGCGAAGAAAACCAAGAAAAAAACUGCUCCCACGGAGAGCAAUGAAAGCGGGGUACGUCCAGAAGGUCCAGUCAAGCCGAAAAAGAGGAAAAGCAGUGAUUCCUCCCUCGACAGCGCAAAUGGAGGGAGUGCAAAAAAGCGACAACGCGGAGGUGCGCACAAAAAAACUCUAGAAGAAAGGAAAGGUAAAAAAACAGAUUUACCUAGAGCAAGAAGGCAUCAAGGUGGCCCUGGAGGUGGCUCCAAUGUACCCCAAAACGAGGCAGGGCUAGGAACGAAUGGAUCUAAGAUUAAUUUGUCAGGCAAUGAUGCGGAUGACGAAAAAAGUCCCCGGGGGAUGGAUUUUGACGAGGUGAAUCGAGUAGAGUCUGAGAUGGGGGAUAAAAGCGAUGGGGAGGAUUAUCAAGCCCAAUCCGAGACAAAUUUACUCAAAACGAAUGAGGAUGCACCACAGCCAGAUAAUACGAACGAUCCUCAACCAACUGUUGCAUAACGUCCAGAAUGGGUUUUUAUUCAGUGUGUGUACAUAUAUGUUAUCGUCUUUCCUUUAGUUCGUAACUGGUCUGUAAAUUACUGUGUGCAAUUAAAUAACAUAAGAAUGAAUGUUUUUCA